GCGGCCCCGGAUGGAGGCGGCCGCCAUUUAGUCAGGGGGCAGCGGUGUGGUGAGGGGUGUUGGGGUCGCCGCCAUGAGGUGUCUAUCGCAGCUGCUGGUGCUCGUACUGCUCGUCUUCCCCGCCGCUCUGCUCCUCGGGGGUGCCCGCGGUGGCCCAGGUUCAGGUUUGCUAGUUGCAGCUCAAGAUGCUACAGAAGAUGAGGAAGCUGUGGAAGAUACUGUAGUUGAAGAUGAAGAUGAUGAAGCUGAAGUCGAAGAAGAUGAGCCAACAGACUUGACAGAAGAAAAAGAGGAAGAAGACUUGUCAGGAGAACCUAAAGCUUCACCUAGUGCUGAUACAACCAUCUUAUUUGUGAAAGGUGAAGACUUCCCAGCGAACAACAUUGUAAAAUUUUUGGUGGGCUUCACCAAUAAGGGUACAGAGGAUUUCAUUGUUGAGUCUCUUGAUGCUUCUUUCCGGUAUCCUCAAGACUACCAGUUUUAUAUCCAGAACUUCACAGCUCUCCCACUGAAUACAGUUGUUCCACCACAAAGACAAGCCACGUUUGAGUACUCUUUCAUCCCUGCUGAGCCAAUGGGUGGCCGUCCUUUUGGACUAGUUAUCAAUCUCAACUACAGAGAUGUAAAUGGCAAUGUGUUUCAAGAUGCUGUCUUCAAUCAAACUGUUACAAUUAUUGAGAAAGAAGAUGGGCUGGAUGGAGAAACGAUCUUCAUGUACAUGUUCCUCGCUGGACUUGGUCUACUUGUCAUUGUUGGCCUACAUCAGUUACUAGAAUCUAGGAAGAGGAAAAGACCAGUACAGAAAGUAGAGAUGGGAACGUCGAAUCAGAAUGAUGUUGAUAUGAGCUGGAUUCCCCAGGAAACUUUAAAUCAAAUAAAUAAAGCUUCACCGAGGAGGUUGCCCUACAAGAGGGCACAGAAGAGAUCAGUGGGCUCUGAUGAGUAAAUGUUAACUAGUACAACAGUUGAACCUUUACUAAUCCUGCCUGUUUGGGUUUUUUUGGAUUGGAGUAGUGCAGAGAAUCCAUAUCACCAUCAGGAAAAUACUCCUAUACAUUUGGACUGAACAGAUUAACUGAAUGGUGUUAAUGUUACUGAAAAUGCACUUCUCUUUUUUUUGUUAAUUUUUGGGGGUGGGGGGAGGAGGUAGCCAUUAAGAUUUGUGCCUGCGUGUGUAAGCAGUUGGUCUUAACAGAACCAUGUUACCUGAAAUGUGCCUUUAGAGUUCUUUUGUAAUGCUGGCUUGUCAUCUGUACACUGUCUUUAAAGGAUUUUUCUCCUCCCCCUAAUCUGAAUGUCUGGUGACUUAAAUCUGUCUUGAUUGUAUCAUGUCUGUAUCAGAAUCUGUAUGCAUUUUUCUUUUUCGGUAGGUAAGUUUAUUCUCUACAGUGUGCACACACUGAAGUUUGUGUGUGUGGUCCUAUUUUGGUGCCAAGGCACUGAUCAUCUAGACUUCCGCAUAGUUUGCGUUCUAAAGGCACAAUUGGGUAUAGCUGCUUGUAGUGGUAGAUAUUUUGCUGCUGUUUUGAUCUGGGCAUGCAGUGACCUAAAAAUCUGACCUUACCUGCAUAAAUGUUAGGAAAACUCUUACACAGCAGCAGAACUUGUAAAGCAUGGAAUUUGUGUGCUGAAUUGGUAUUACUACUUUUUUUUUAUACCCAACUUGUUAAAUGGUCAAUAUUGAGUCGUGCCAGCAGCUUAGGUAUUCUGAUUAUAGUGGCAGCUCUGCAAUGUUUACUCAAGAAAUUAUUGAAUAAGCCAGAACAACUUCCCAUUAAGUUCUUAGUCCUCUCACAAAAGCUAGAAUGUCAUGUGUAUCAAAAUGUGGACUUUAAGAAAAGCUUUACAUGGGGCAGAGACUUCUGCAUUUACUGUACACACUUGAAACUGAAUUUGAGAAACUGUUGGCUUCGAAUCUUCUUAAAUGGAAAACUAUUUAAUUCACCCUUUGCAGUUUUUAAAUAUCAAACUUCUUUCCUCUGGUCAAUA